UCAGUCUACCUGCAGAAGGAAGACCGGUUGGGUCGUUCCCUCCUCUACAGAACCUACUGACACUCGUCCGAAUUCCACAAAAACCGCGCAAACCCAAAAAAAGUUGCUACUAAUUUCCGUCAUUCACACUCUGUAACUCCCUCAAAUUCAUUAUCAGAAAUACUAAAAAGGCGUUUGAGAGUGGGUGAUCAUGAAGUGACCUUGAAUGAGCGCGCGAGUCAUUACCUACUCCCAUUGUUCCAAUCUUCCCUCCCGGACAUCGGCAAUAUACCGUAAUUGAGGCAUUCAUUUCCUUCAAAAUGACGCGAAGGGAGCAUAUAAACGAAGCCCAACCAGCCACAAUUGACCAGCACUUUUCAGAUCUAAUAAAUGACACAAGUGUCAUUGAUGAAACACCUAGGGAACUUAAAAAAGAUGACUUACCGGACUGGUAUGAUGAGAAAUUAUUCAAAGCUGGACAGAAUUACGUUUGCAAAAAUUUAAUGGCGAUUAGUUUAGGCGCCAUGAGUGGACUCCUCGCUGUACUAGUUAUUCCGUCGAUCUUGAAAAUACUAGUGUGGACAAAAAAGAGCGGCAGCGCUUGCACGGCCUUCACUAGGUAUCUGCAGACUCAACUACAUGUGCAUCAUCUUUAUGUGUCUGAUAUCAACGAUCCGAACUCUAGAUUCUGGAAAUCGAUAAAUGUGAUAAGACACGUUCACUCGACGAGCAGCCGGAGAUCCAGAAAUGCUGGAAUGGGUGGCAUUACGCACCGUGAUAUGGCGCUAACACAGUUCGGUUUCAUGGGGUACGCACUCAUUGCCCCCGAAAAAUUGGGUCUGACGAAUGAGAAAGAAGGGAGAGAGGGGUUCACUCACUUGUGGCGGGUCGUCGGACAUUCUCUUGGGAUAUCUGACCAUCUCAAUAUUUGUCGAAAGAACGAGGCAGAAACCACUAAACUCUGCAGAAAACUGAUUAACGAAGUAUUCGGGCCCAAAAUAAAAAAUUACCCGGAGAAAUUUCCGGAAAUGGCAGAUGCACUGAUAGAUGGAUUGUGGUGUGCCAAUCCCGCCCUUAAUUACGAUUCAAUGAUGAAUUUUUGGUACGACCUGAGUGGAUUAAGAUAUGACAAACCACUGGGCUUCGCCAGCAAAUUAAACUACGCAUACAGAUCAUGCAUCAUCUACCUCAUAGGAACUCCCUACAUUGGAUUUUUCGUGAGAAACGGAUUCAAUUACUACCUAAGUUUCACCUACUGGCUCCUGGAACGUUGGCGAGUCCUCGCGUGGAUUCGUUUCGGCAAGGAGCAGUCGAAGAUCCAAUUAUUCCCGAAAGAAGCAAUUAUAGAUUAACUCACUAUUAGGGAAUGUUUGUAAGUUCUGUAUCGUCUGAACGAUUUCUUCCCCACUACGGGUGUUAUUCAUCACAUUCUCAGCGAUUUUCAUUGUUUUCCACACUUUAUUAUAAAUCAAUUAUUUUGAAAUACAACAAAUGAAUCGACUAAUUUUAAAUAUAGAGUUUUACUUUAUUCAUA